AUGGCGUCGACUGAACAAUUACACAUCUCCAACCUCUUCUCGCUGGAAGGCCAUGUCUGUCUUAUCACAGGUGGAGGAACUGGCAUCGGACUCAUGGCUGCCCAGGCAUUGUCAGCAAACGGAGCCAAAGUGUAUAUCACCGGACGAAGAAAGGAAGUACUCGACAAUGCUGCCCGCUCGCACAAUCCAGAGUCAUCCAACACAUCCCUGAACGGACAGAUAAUACCUAUUGGACCUUGCGAUGUGACGUCCAAGGAUUCUCUAGAGAAGUUGACUGCUGAGCUGGAAUCCAAAGAGAAAUACCUGUCCCUGGUCAUUGCUGCUGCAGGUGUUUCUGGCCCCAAGGGAUACCCCGACACGAGUGAUGCCAAGCAGAUGAAAGACAACCUGUGGCAAGAACAGAUUGAGGAGUGGAAAGCAACCUAUAACACCAACGUUAUCAGUGUGUUCUUCUCAGUGGUGUCGUUUUUGCCUCUGCUCCAACGUGCACCGCGCCAUCUCGAUGCAAGCGUCAUCGUCAUCUCUAGCAUGUCCGGUCUGAUGCGUCAUUCCCAAGCACAUUUUUCAUACAACGCGGCGAAGGCAGCCACGGCGCACCUAUCUAGGAUGAUGUCAAAGGAAUUCGCGAAGACCGGUGUCCGAGUGAACAGCAUCGCCCCGGGUUACUUCCCGUCGGAAAUGACAAUGAAAGAGUCCGACGAGCGAAACAAGGCCCACAUGCCGGCCGAAAAGGUCAAGGACAAAGGCCAUGAGGUACCUGCGGGACGGGCGGGCAGCGACGAGGAGAUGGCCAUGGGGGUCAUCUUUCUGACGAAAUGCGGAUAUGUGAAUGGAGAGGUGUUGAAGCUGGAUGGAGGUGUUAUGAAUGAAGUCGGAGGUGGUUGA